AAGUCCUUCAUUAUGUUCAUCGAGUUCGUUGUUACCGUUCAAAGAAAACUAGCUCGCCAUUGAAAAAUAACAAUUAUACCAAAGUGAUUUAAAGGUUGUUUACCAAAAAAAAUUUAUUGUUGUGCCAUCACAUUGUGCUGGCUUUUCAUCAUUUAGUGCUAUAAAUUCGGGAUUAACACACCAGUGAAAUGGCUCUAGACUUCGCGGCUACAUAUAAAGUGCUAGUGCUCGGCGAUUCAAACGUAGGAAAAACUUGCAUUGUACAUCGAUACUGUGAUGAAAGAUAUUACGACACAUAUAUUUCAACAAUCGGAAUCGAUUUCAAACAGAAACUCAUCAACUUGGACGGUGUACCAAUCAAACUUCAAAUUUGGGAUACGGCCGGUCAGGAACGUUUUAGAACGCUGACCACUGCCUACUAUCGUGGUGCAAUGGGAAUACUUUUAAUGUAUGACGUAACAAGCUUGGAAUCAUUCAACAAUCUUUCCUAUUGGCUGAGAAACAUCCAAGAAAAUGCAGCUCCCGACGUGGUGAAGGUGCUAGCUGGCAAUAAAUGCGAAUGUCUGCCAGCGCAGAGAAUGGUGGAAAAGGAACGGGGAGACAGGAUUGCUGAAAACUUUGACAUGCCUUUCUUUGAAGUAUCGUGCAAGAACAAUAUCAAUAUUGAAGAGUCUUUUCUGACGUUAGCUCGACAAAUCCGGGAACAGCGAGAACAUCGUGGCGAAAAUUUUGAUAAUGACGGUACACAAGAAAAGAAAUCGGGAACGGGAUCAGGAACAGGUUUAGGACCAUUUACAUUAGGCAAUAGUCCGGAUAGUAACAGAUGCUCUUGUUAAGUGUGGGAUUUUUUUUAGAAUUGAUACAUUUAAUUGAUUUGAAUUGAUACAGAGAACAGAGUAUUUAAGGAACAUUAUAUAAUAAAUUGAAGGAAAAAAAAACAACAAAAAAGUUCAUAUCACAGAAAGCCACAUAAAUUUUCUCAAACCGAUAGAUUUUAAUAAAAUUUAAAAAGAAGGAAAUGAAACAGAAAUACGAGAGCUACUACUCCUCAAACAUCGAAAAUCCAUUUAACCUCUUUUUUUAACAAAACGUUUUUAUCUUCUAAAAAUGCUAUUUAAUCUACAAGAAAAGGCAUGAUGAAUUUAAAUGAAAAAAACAUACAAAAAAGUAAGGCAAAAUUAAAAUUAUAUAAAUGUUGCUUAAAAUACUUCAUUGAUAAAAAUAAUUAACAAACCAAAAGUAAAAUUUAAAUUAAUAAACCAAAAAAACAUAACCUAAAAAAAUUUAGUGAGCUAAUUUAAACAAAAAAAAAAUUAAAUUUACCGAAGUAUUAUAAAUAAAAAGAAAAUUAUAUCUAGUGCGAUUGACGGGAGAAUUUAAAAAUUAAAUUUAAAAAAAAGUAUUUAGAAUGUAAGGAGGUAAACAGAUGACAAAAAAGAUGACGCUUUAUUGAACCAACAACAAAACUGAAGAAUGAACAACCAACAACAACAAAAAAUGUAAAUAAAUUUGAAAUAAAUGUUUUAUAUACGCACAGGAGGUGGGUCAAUUACAA